UCUCAGCAGAGAUGAUCCUUCAAGCAGAUUAUGCUCAGCCAUAAUCUCUUUUGUUUAGAAGGAUAGAGUGUAUGAACAAUAUAUUACCUUUGAGGAGGGCAUCCUAAUGAAGCAGCCUAGACACAUAUUUCUAGAUUGGUUCAUGAUAGCAUGCUGGCUUAAUAAAGUCGAUAAACCUUCAUCCGAUAAAAUCUAGAUAAUUUGAUGCAGUUCAAGAACACCUGAGCCUCUUGAAGGUGCAAGACAAGUCUUUAAAGAAAGAUUGAGCAAGCCUGAUAAAUUUUGAAGAAGCUCUAUUAAGAAAGAAAUGCCUUUAAUAGACUCCAAAAGAAACAAGAAGAAGUUCCUCAAGCGAAGUUAUGAAGAUUCUCGCAAAAAUAUACUCAAGUCUAGCUAUGGGUACUUUAUAAUGACCAAAACAACGGGAUAUUAGUCUACCAAGCUGAUGACUUCUGGCAUGAUUCUCCUUCAGUGCUCUAAUAUAAGCACCUAAAGCCGGAGAGGAACACCAAUCACUCCAUCAGUACCUU